AUGUCUCUGUUAUUCCGUAUCGAAGAUUUACAAACACUGCCCGACUCGGAAGCUCCCCACCGUGGAGUCUACCAGCACCAGCCAGCACCUGCUCAUCAGUGUAAACUGGGAAAGGGCGAUCAGGCGGAGAAUGAAAAGUCAUGCGAAACGCUCACCAUCGAUCAGUACCGCAAGCGUGUCAAGGGCCUCAGUCACGACUCACUGGUCCCCGAGUCGGUUUGA